AUGCAGGUCUCCAUCGCUUGCACCGAGCAGAACCUGCGGAGCCGCAGCAGCGAUGACCGGCUGUGCGGCGGGGGGGGACGGGGCCAGGGCCCGGGGGGGCAAGGCAACGGGGGCUACCCGCCCCCCGGCAAGGCCAGCCGGCUGGCCAUCGGGCCCCGCGCGCCCGGGCAGAACCUGCCGCACAUCGCCUUCGUGCUGCGGGAGUCCACGGGCCGAGCCACCGGCAUGAACUACAGGAACCUGGGCAAAUCAGGGCUCCGCGUUUCUUGCCUUGGACUUGGUACGUGGGUGACUUUCGGAUCCCAGAUCUCCGAUGAGAUGGCAGAGAAUGUGCUCACCAUUGCGUACGAGAACGGGGUCAACCUCUUUGACACAGCCGAGGUGUACGCUUCUGGCAAAGCUGAAAAAACCUUGGGGAACAUCCUGAAGAGCAAAGGAUGGAGGCGUUCAAGCUAUGUUGUAACCACAAAGAUAUACUGGGGAGGCCAGGCUGAGACAGAGAGGGGCUUAUCCCGGAAACACAUCAUUGAGGGACUCAAGGGUUCCUUGCAAAGACUUCAGUUGGAAUACGUGGACAUCGUGUUUGCUAACCGGACGGAUGCCAACAGCCCCAUGGAAGAGAUCGUCCGGGCAAUGACAUACGUGAUCAACCAGGGGAUGGCCAUGUACUGGGGCACGUCUCGUUGGAGCGCCAUGGAGAUUAUGGAGGCAUAUUCAGUGGCCCGACAAUUCAACCUCAUCCCCCCCGUAUGCGAGCAAGCUGAAUAUCAUAUGUUCCAGCGGGACAAGGUGGAGACUCAGCUGCCCGAGCUGUACCACAAAAUUGGGGUGGGGGCCAUAACGUGGUCCCCUUUGGCAUGUGGACUUAUCACGGGGAAAUACGAAGAGCGGGUUCCUGAGAAUUGCCGGGCUGCCAUGAAGGGGUACCAAUGGCUGAAGGAGAAGCUGCAAAGCGAAGAUGGGAAGAAGCAGCAGGCCAAAGUGAAAGAGCUUCACCCCAUUGCCGAGCGCCUGGGCUGCACAGUGGCACAGCUGGCCAUCGCUUGGUGCCUGCGCUCGGAAGGUGUCAGCUCCGUCCUUCUUGGCGUCUCCAGCACUGAACAGCUCAUUGAGAAUUUGGGAUCCAUUCAGGUUUUAACCCAGUUGACGCCCCAGGUUGUCCAGGAAAUUGAUGCACUUCUGGGGAACAAACCCAACACAAAAAAAGAGUCCCGGGCGUAGGGACACAUUGGCGCCCGGGACUGUGCACGCUGUUGUCCCAACAGACUUUAUAUUCUUUAGCUCCUCUGCGGGGCUCCUGUCCCCAUCUACCUGCUCCUCCCCACAUGCUCUUCCACCAGCUGUUGCCUCUUACUUUUGUGGGGAGGGCAAGGAGGAGCCGCUUUGCGCAUGAACCAAAUAUCCGUAUACUUCCAUGUCGGAUAAAAUGGGAGGGGCAGGAUUGGGUGCUGCCCUGCCCCGUGGCAGCUGCUUAGAUUACAAUACAACUAUAUGGUAUGGCAUGAGCAACUCAGCUAUGGGGCUGGCGGGUGAGAGGCCCCGCCUCCUGCUAAGGCUGGAACUACCAGCCGCUUUGCCUCU